UCUAACUUUAAUAUUUAUAAAUAUAUUGAUGUAAUGUUAAUAUUUAUUAUAUACUUACAUUAAUUGCGUUCGGGACAUCGAUAAUCGUAAAUGCUCAACAUAUAUACAAUAUGCACGAAUAACAAACAGUCUCCAUGCUGCGUCUGAUCUGACAAUGAGCCAGCUAGCUUCGCCAUCUCGAGUUUGCCCAAAUGUUGGAAGUGAUGGCCAAAAAAUUCGUUAACAGUAGAUUACCUAGCAUCAGUAAUAGAAUUAACGGGAAAUAGUCUGUAUUUUCGUCGUAAAAAUAUCCUUUCAACUGACAAAAUGCAACGUUAGCGAAGGUUUAGCACCUGUCUAGAAGUGGUAUUAACUAAUUAUGGGACCCUGCUGAUGAAAUGGGUGGCAAAAUAUAGCUGACUCUGGCUAUAUAGUAGCGACGAAAUAAAGAGUAAUCUUCUGUACGAAGUUAAACGAAAUUGAUGAUCCACACAGGUUCAUAACGUGUAUGGCGACUUAGCUAACUCGACUAACUUAGCUACUUCGACAUAACUAAAAUCAGCUUAAUUGCAUAACAAUCCCAAUAUUGUCACGUAAGGAUUCAGUCUCGGGAACGGUAUAGAUUGGGAUCGAUAUAUUUACGUGACAUGUGCUUCACAGUACAAAAAUGCAUUAUUAAGAUGUAAUUUUCUUUUUAAACUGGAAUAUAACCAUAACGGAAAAGAAUAUUCCCCCCUUUCACAGGCAUUACUAAAAUCAAUAGACUUUUGAGUUCUCUGACUCGAUACGCAAGUAACACGUGUAAAAAUCAUGAUUGCAAAUUUAAUGUUGGAGUUUUGAACACAUCGAGUCCUAGAAGGUGGAUCAGCUAAAUUUUCGUGCAUACUCUCGAUAUCUUUUAUAAAUUAAGUCUGUUUGGACCUAGCAAAAGUCAUAAAUGCCAUGUGCUGAAAAAUCUGAUUCGGAACGACUCAAAUAAAUAAAAAUAGUUGCUAAUUUAUGUAGGUCUACAAACUGAAGACAGACUCCUAAGUUAGUGUCAUAGUGGACUUGAUCACCGUUAGCUUAAAGGCUAAAGUAUUUACCAUUCUAAUGCUUACACAUCUUCGAUCCAUUUUACGUGAUGUUCAUUAAAAUGAUCAAUCAUCUCUGACUAAUGUCAAUAACUCGUAGUUAUACACUCCAAAUUUGUACUUAACAAAGGCCUAUUACCAUCCAUGUGCUCAUUUACUGUAUACAUAAUAAUCUUCUCGGAAUGGAAACGGGCAAGGACACCGCUAUUCAAUAGGAGUAUUGUACUGAAUUUUCUUGAUUCUUGAUAAAAUUGUUUUCCUAAUGAGCAUUCGUUUCCGGCGAAAUAUAUAUAAAGGCGAAUAUUUCUCCGCGCAGAUCAGUCGUGUGGUAGAAAAAUGCAAUUCUACAUUAUCCUUUUACUACUUAUUAGCUGCCAUCAAUCCACGUUGGCAGGAAUUUAUAUUAAAGACCAUAAUAAUUUACGACCAGUUCAAGGCGACAAUUUCUUCCGUGGAAUUGGGGAUUGGUUUGGCCAUUUGAAGGAUCGGUUAUAUGAAAAAUUUUUCGGGCAACAAACAACCACAGAGUCAACGGAAGAAUCUGCUUUGCCAGACGACAUAUUGGAUCUGGAUGAGUUUCAGUUGAGAAGGAAAUUAAGGAACCGUAAAUGGCUUCGUGUGGAUUUGUCGACCCUUAUUUUUGACCCUAACCGGGAUUGGGGAUUCCGAGUUGGUAAUUGGUACUUCAUUCGCAAGGACUCUAAAAAUGUUAAUCAAAAAGAUAACUCGAACGAAUCGGAUCUCCAAGGUGUUAUGCGACCAACAGAAUCGGUUGAAGUUAGAACUGAAAGGACCUUGGAUGAUACUAAUCCAGCAACUGUGGAUUCUUUAUCAAUCCCAUCGUCUACGGUAACAUUGGCGACGGAUAUUGUGACGCAAUUAAUGACGCAGCAAACAAACCCAUAUAUACCAACGGAAAGUAGCACGCAAAUCGAUGCGUUUGAAAAUCUCUCAUCAAGGAUAGAAAAGCAGACAGAAGAUUACGGGGCUAACGACUAUUUACAACACAAAGGAUCCGUAGAAGUCUUAAUGGGAUGAUAACGUAUUUUAACAAUAAUUACAUUAAUUCCGUUUCUGUAAAUUUUACACAUUUAUUGAUACCUUCCGCGUGUCUUGGAAACAUUUUCAACUUUUCGUAUGAAAAUAACAACAUUUCCAUUGUUAGUAAUACAUUACAAAAUAAUUGCUUCCCCAUCCAACAUGAGGUGUAAAAAGAAAUUGCAUUGUUGUUUUUCAUCAAGAAGAGUACACGUUUAUUCCGUAAAACUUAUCAUAAUCACGAUUUUAUAAUAAUAUAUUAUAAUAAUUUUUACGUCAAUGUUGAACAAAGCGCAGUCUUCAUGAUUCUUGUGGUUUUACUGCAAUAAAAAAAGAAAGAAAAAAAUUGUCAGUGAAAUAGUCAAUUUUUAAUGCUAACCACUCUUGCAAUCAACAUGCACAAAUAUAUCUUGCACCUAACAGGAUACAAGAAACCAAAGAUGGAGCAAGGAUACUGCAGGAUAAGAUGAAAGAAAUUAAGUAUUUUUUCAUUCAUUUCUCGAAUGAAAUACUUUGAUGAAAAGAAUAUGUAGCGGACAAAAAGAAGAAAUAUAGGGCCUAGUUAAAGCACACUAGUUAUAUAUUAGUCAAAAGCCUAAGUAAGUUUUAAUUCCUUUUAUGCAGCCGUUGGUUAAUAGAAAAUAUUACAGUAUUCUACAUUACGCAUAGUUAAUUAAUUAAAAAUAGUAACAUGUUACUAUAGAACAGCACAAUGUUUUUCAAACUCCUUUGUAUUAAAUAAAUGAACUAUUUAUUAUGGUUAGGAAGCAAUCAAGGUCUACGUUAUGUCUUCACAUAACGACUACACUGCUGAUUGUAAAAGUAGGGAACUACAGAAGUAGUAGUGUAGAGAAAUAAGGGUAAAGGAGUAAAAGAAAAUUAGAAGUUUACAUGCUAACCAUAUGUGAGCAUCAUAAUAAAGUUCCCUCUUGAGGCUUGUAGUACAAA